GAAAUACCUUUAUAUUUUCGGGAUCACAAUUCAGAAGUUAUUCUGGAUAUAACAAGUGCGCCCUUCGAUGAACUCCACAAUCCUUAUGGUCGUAUUCCUCAGUUUGUAUGGAAUAAUAUUAGAAAUGCUCGUGAGGCUUUUAGAGCCAGAAAAUUGCGGUCAGCCGGGCAGUUUACAGCGUCUAAUAAACUUUCCAUGAAAGUUCCUCCAAAUGAUGAUGAUUUUAAAGUAGUGGCUUCCUUGCUUGAUGAGAAAACGAAUUUUGCAAGAUUGAUGGUAUCCUGCAAAAGGUUUUCAGUGGAUACUCUUAUUUUGGACGAAGAAUCACAGCUGGAAGAGUAUGAUUCUUGCAAUUUGCGCAUCAGAAGAGUAAAACCCGCAUCUCUUGUCGAGUUUCUUUUGACAAAGCGGACUGAGGGUUAUGAAAUCCAUGGUUGUAUGGGAAUAGAAGGUAUCUCUAAAGUUUUCCGCAUGUCUGUCGCAGAUCGGGUUAUUCUGGUUCUGGGGCACAAGGAACUUGGAAUACCAGCUAACGUCAAUGAAAUUCUAGAAAAUCCUGUAAGAAUUCCAAAAAAGAAUUUAUUUACGAGGCUUUUUGAUAAAAAAUUAUAGAUUAACCUUAUAUACUAUUUCAUUUCAAGGACUACAGAACAAAAAAAUUGCAUUGUAUAUAUUAAACUAUAAACUAUGUUUAUUGGAGAUUAAGUACAGCAAAAAUUCGUUUGUUUAGACUUUUAAACACGACUUAUAUUGUAAACUGUGAAAAAUCAUUAGUGUGUCUCUUCAUUGUUUUUGAAUAGGUAACAUCCUUUCUUCAUCUUUAAAGCAAAAUAAAUAGUUUUCAAAUUUA